AUGAUGAGGCCAAGGCGGUCGUCCGGGGCGAGCGAGUCCAGCGCCGGAACAGCUCGCCCCGAGCAGGAGCUCGGAAGCAUGUACGACUACCUGGCCAAGAUUAUACUGCUGGGACCGAGCGGCUCAGGAAAGUCAUGUUUGCUCCACCGAUUUGUAAAGAAUGAAUGGAGGAUGUUGUCGUCGCAAACGAUCGGAGUCGAGUUUGCAACAAAAAUAAUAAAGGUUGGGAGCGGGGCGCGACGAAAGCGGAUAAAACUGCAGUUAUGGGAUACGGCCGGAACCGAGCGUUUUCGAUCCGUCUCGAGAUCGUACUAUCGCGGAGCGGCGGGCGCAAUUCUUGUAUACGACAUCGCAUCACAUCUAUCUUUCCGAGGGCUACAGCCGUUCCUUAACGAUGCGAGAGCGCUGGCGUCGCCUCAUCUAAGCGUCAUGCUGGUGGGAAAUAAGCUGGAUUUGGCUUCAGAGAACCUUAUUGAUACAAGUUUGCCUCCAGCUACUCCCAGCAGCGUGAGCUCCACGGCGACGGGAUUUAACGGCGGAACUCCCUCUUUAUACAGAGAUCACGCCGGCUCGAUUGGAGCUGGCACGCAACAGAGAGCGACAGAGGCACCGGAGGGCCGUGAGAUAUCGUCUGCCGAGGCAAGUCGAUGGGCUAGCACUGUGGGCAUCCCGGUCGUCACAGAAGUCAGUGCACUGAACGGCGAAGGCGUUGACGAGGUCUUCAAUCGGUUGGCCAGAAUGAUCUUGACGAAGAUCGAGCUGGGUGAGAUAGAUCCGGACGAUCCCAUGAGCGGCAUUCAGUACGGUGACGGUGGAUGGAAUACCAAUAGCGAUGGAGGCAGCAUCAAGAGCUCCAUCACCGGCGGCACGUUGGACGAAAGCUUGAGCGGCCCACGGAGACGCAGACGAGGGAAGAGCCGAGGCCAGAACUGGAAUUUGAGAGAAUGGGAAGAUGUCUUUACGCUCAGCAGUCGCCGGAGGGGCAGAGGAUGUUGUUAA